AUGGCAGAAGAAGUAAAUGAUUCACAGCAUUCAACUGCAAAAGCCAUGCAGUUUCUUCAUACUGAGAAAACUGGACCACUCCCCCAGGCUCUACUCCUCAAAGUAGAAAAGAAAGGUGUGGUAGAUCAACCACAAAAAAAUUUCCUGGCCUACCAACAUCACCCUUUUGGUAUCAUUAAUCUUUUUUCCUUCUUAGAUAUCAUAUAUGAUAUAAUGAAGAAACAGAAUUACACUUUGGUGCAUGAGUUCACUUUCCAGGGUUUCUCUAACUUCCAUGAGCACCAGCUCACACUCUUCAUUAUGUUCCUGGCACUGUACAUAUUAACCCUGGCAGGUAAUGUCAUCAUUGUGACCAUCAUCAGUCUUGAUCGUCACCUUCACACUCCCAUGUACUUCUUCCUCAGCAUGCUGUCUGCUUCAGAGACUGUGUACACACUUGUCAUUAUACCAAGAAUGCUGUUCAACCUCAUUGGCCUGAGUCAGCCCAUUUCCUUGGCAGGUUGUGCCACUCAGAUGUUCUUCUUCAUCACUUUGGCUAUCAACAACUGCUUCUUGCUCACAGCCAUGGGAUAUGACCGCUUUGUGGCUAUUUGCAACCCUUUGAGGUACUCAGUCAUCAUGAACAAGAGGGUGUGCCUCCAGCUGGUGUGGGGAGCCUGUAGCAUUGGUCUGAUUGUGGCAAUGAUACAAGUGUCAGCUGUGUUCAGGCUGCCCUUCUGUACUGCCAAGGUCGCUCACUUCUUCUGUGACAUCCGGCCUGUGAUGAAACUCUCCUGCAUUGACACCACUGCCAAUGAGAUCCUGACUCUGAUCAUAAGUGUGUUGGUGAUCUUGAUCCCCAUGAGCUUGGUUUUUAUCUCCUACAUCCUCAUCAUCUCCACCAUCCUCAGGAUUGCCUCUGCUGAGGGCAGGAAGAAGGCCUUUGCAACCUGUGCCUCUCAUAUCACAGUGGUUGUUAUCCACUAUGGCUGUGCCUCCAUUGCCUACCUCAAACCCAAAUCAGAGAACACCAGGGAUGAAGACCAGCUGAUCUCUGUGACCUACACUGUCAUCACACCCCUCCUCAACCCUGUGGUAUACACCUUAAGGAACAAAGAAGUCAAGGAUGCUUUGUACAGGGCCAUGGGAAAGAAACUUCCCUGA